AUGGCUGUAACCUUUAAAAACUUCGUAGUUCCAACUGAUAAAAAUACCGACAAUACAUUACACAAUAUGGAACAGAAAAAGUUUUGGCCUAAAUGGACCCUUUGGAUCCCUUUUUCUCUACUUAUUAUCAUUUUAGCCCUCAUAUGUACAGGUUUAGGAUUUCCUGAAUGGGCAGAAAUGAAAUCAGGGAACGAGCUACUUACAAUGAGUCUCGUGACUUGCAGCAAUUGUCCGGAAUCUCUUGCUCAAUGGGAUUGGCAAUGCUUUAUGAAAUUCGCUUGCGACGCUCAGAGUUUGGUCGGAGAUUGUAAAUUACUGGAUAAUGGCUAUCAAGCCUCCAAUGCUUUCUUUUACUUAGAGUCAAUUACUAUCUUUAUUGCAUUACUACUUUUAGAAAAAAUUACUUUAGCGAUUUUUGUCAGAAACUAUGGAAAAACUUCUCACAUAUAUGGGCUUAGCGCCUUGAUGCUGUUCUUUCACUUGGUUGGAGUUUAUCUGUGGUUUUCUUUGAGUGAAGCGACAUGGUCAGCAGAUUGUUCAGUAAAUCCAGAUUCCACUGUUACAACACCAUUCAUGUGUGCAAAAGGCGGUCCAGUUCUGGCGAUUUGCAUUGGGAUACUAAUUGCAAUUGGAAUGAUCGUGAACUACCGAGUGUUCAGUCACAAAGAUGACUCGAAGACAUCAAUAAUUUUAUCCCAUCAAAACAGGUACCUUGGCUUGACAAUGCCAACUUGGGCAGUCACCAUCCUUGGAUUGCUCUUUAUGUGCAUGAUUUUCGGCUCUGCUUCAAUGGGUGUUGGUAGCUGGGUCAAAAGGACUCCAAAAACCUAUUCAUGGUCUGGAAGUCUUCUUACUUGCUCAGGAUGCAUGCAAAACGUUGAUAACCUCGGCUGGAACUGCCUAGCUGGCUACGAUUGUGCAGUAGACAGAAAUUCUGGGUCCUGCAAUAUGUAUAACUCCCUCAGCGUCGCUUCAUAUGCUUAUAUAAGCCUUCAAGCAAUAGCAUUGGCAUCUGGAAUAUUUUUGUCCCAAGUUUUGAUACAGUUGAUGUUUGGGUACGACUAUGGCUUGCCAAUCCUCAAUUAUGUAAAAUUCAUGUAGGCUUACUCAGUGAUAGCUUUCUUAGCUAACUUUUUGGCAGUGGCCAUCUGGUUUGGAGUUUCUCAAGCUGGCUUCGACAGGGAUUGCGGAAGUUUGGUCAACAGUUUUACAGAAACCCCGGAGGUGUGUAGUACUGCUGGGCCAAUUUUAGCCAUCAUUUCUACCAUCCUUUCAUUCUUCGCUGUUGUACUUUUCUUUUUCGUUUACAGAAACCGUGGGGAGACCAUGCUGAAAAUGGCUGAAGACAUUGAAGGCUCUGAAAGAGCAACAUAA